AUGUUCAACACAUCUCAACUCCCGAGCCAGCAUCUAUGGCGAAGAUUCACCGGGAGGGAGUCACUACUCUCUGAGAGCGAAUGCGCUAGCGGGGACCGGCGCGAUCUGAACAUCAUCUUCGUCCAUGGCCUCAGAGGGCAUCCACGCGGGACAUGGUCGCAUCUACGGCCCACUUCUACGACCGGUCGCAACGAAGACACAGAUACGCGCACCAACAAGCACAAGAACAUCAAGACCUUCUUCGGGCUGAAGAAGAGCAAGAAAGAGACGGACGGCAGCGGGUUACCGUAUCUAUAUACCUAA